GCAGACGGAGCGAUAGAGAAGCUGCUGCUCUGUUCAGAAAAUGGCCGACAGAUUUUCUAGGUUCAACGAAGAGCGUGAUUUCCAGGGUGGGAAUCACUUUGACCAGUAUGAAGAGGGCCAGUUGGAGCUGGAGCAGGCCUCCCUGGACAAGCCCAUCGAAUCGGUAAGGCUGCAUCCAUCAUCCCGCACCAUUGGACCAGCUGUGAGAAUGGAUGAUUGGUCCAGGGAGGAAUAAGAACCACACCUUUUUACUCCAUUCAUUCUGUCCAUGUAGAUGCAUCCAGUGUUUUCUUGAACACACUUGCCACCUAACCUGUAGAAUCACUUGUCUCAUGUCCAUUAAUACCCUUUAAGUCCCUGCCACUUCCCAUGUCCUCUGCCUACUCCAUUUCCUGUGACAUUUAAAAUGAUUAUGUAUAUGAUAGAUCUUCCUGUAUUUAUGUACAGCUUACAGAUAAACAUUUGAUUUUUUUCGUAUCAGUCUCCCAUUAGUCAUUGUUAGUCAUCUUAGCACAGUGAGAUGAGAUGACACUGAAAGCAUGGAGUGGCUAAAGCACUGUCAAUAAUGGCUGUUUUUAAAAUGUUAUAGCUGUUCAUCCAUUAUAAAGAUUUUAUUCAGGAUAUAGCUGCUUUGAGGGAGGUUGCUGUACAGAGUCGUGUAGUUUUUUACAUUUGUAAGGGUGAUUACCUAUUCAACCACACUGAUUUGAAAUGUAUUCAGAGGGGCGUUUAUAAAUAAAACCCUCUUGAACAAGAACAAACACAUGUUGCAGGGAAGAUUUGGAUUUUAAAACAGCCUGAUUUAGGUUUAUAUUUAUGUAUUGAAUUAUUUUGCUGUGGCUCAAGUCUUUCUGUUAACAUAAAGUAGGCAGUGCUUAUUCCACUCCAUUUAGUAAACAAGAAAGUGCACAUAAGAUGGUGUGAAUGGCUACAUUUGUUUUUGAGUGAGUGUGUGUCUAUGUAGCUUUAGAAUUUAUGUGUUAGUGUUUGUGUCUAUAGGACAGUUAUCUUAUUGUACACAACUUGGGGUGUUCGACAUUUCUCUCCUGCAGCGAAUUGGCCCCUAUUAGCUAAGCAGCAAUGACCCGGUUUGUAUUUGCACGCUCUGCUUUCUUACUCCUAUCUUUAGGGUCCUUGUAACGCUUCUCUGACUGUCUUUUUCUCUCUCUGUUUCACUCCUGUCACACUCUACAUCUAUUCUCUCUCUCUACCUCUAUUUCUCUCUCGCUCCCUCCCUACUACACAGUGAUUCGGUGUACAGUACCCUCUGUCAUUCUGUGCUGGCAUGGUGCUUGUGCAACUGGGACUGCAUUUUUCGCUGAAGAGGCACAAAGAUAAUAGCGCAGGCAGCUCUCUUCUUUCUGUCUUUCCCACUCUCUCCAUCCCCCUCUUCUGUCUCUGAAGCACUGUGGUGAGCAGGCCCAAACUCCUCUUACCUACAGUGUCAGAUCACCUCUCCUCAACAUUAUACCUGUGCUUUGUUAGCCAAUCAGAAAGACUCAGCAACCAGGUAUAGAUCAAAAUAAUGUAGUUGAUGUUUUUUGGAAACAGAUGCUUUGAACAUUGAUGUAUAACUAAAUUUGUGACAGUUUCCUUUAUCACUCAUCAUGAUAAUGUAAUCAAUAAUUAAUUACAAUUCAAAAGCUCAUAGAAUAAAAAGUGUGAAUUUGCAUCAGCUGGGACCUCUGUGCCAAAUUUUACCCUCCUAGGGCAAAAACUGUGGCUGCCAAUGGGUGGGGUAAUUUUUGUGGAACCAACCAACAGAGCGAGCUUUAGGGCUGUUGGUCAUAGCUAAAACAUAGCAUGUUUCCCCUCAAUGAGAGCCAUGGUUAAACAAUUGACAGUACUCUUUUGCAACAUAAGUUUAUUAAAUGCAAGUAAAUUCUUAAUAUCAAAACGAUAUAACAGCUAAAAGUGUUAGUGUUGAUAGUUUGCUAAUAAAAACUAAGAACUUAUCAAUAUAUCAAGAACAUAGAUUUGGUGAGAUUAAACAUUCAAAGCACUGAAAAAAACGUAGAGCCAUUUUUAGGUCAAUAAAAAGAGCAGUAGGCUACAAAUGAAUGUUACCAGGCCUGUAUUUGUUGACCUUUUAAACAGCAGUAGGAGAAAAUGUAGUCAGUCUUGCUGACCAUAGCAAAAUAAAUGUUUUACUUUAAAGGAAAAAGCACCUUUUACAUAAGUUUGUCUUAAUUCUCACAUCGUAUGAUCAUAUUUGUAGCCUGAACAUGUGUUUUCCAGAGCUAGAAUCUAGUGAGCCAAAAACGAUAGUUUUAUAUCCUAGUUGAGUUUUAUGUAUGAUGUACUUUCUCACAGGCACACAAGUAUCCCGCUGUGUGUGGGUAGUGAAGGAGGAGAAAAGAGAGGGAGAGAGGUGGCCUGCUCACCUGGCUGGCUUGAGUGGCUCUUUUGCUCCUGCGCUAUUAUUUGUGGAGGGGCGCUGAGGGCCGAGCUGCAGCAUCACACAGCUCCUCGCACAUCAGUGGAAACAAGGCCACAUCAGAGGUGUCAUCAAUUGUGACUUUGUCACCAGUAGUAAUACUUAGAUAUUUUCUUUGGAAAGUGCAUGCCCAAAGAAGAGGGUGGCAGAUCUUAUUAUUAAGUAACAAUGAAAGUCUGCCACCAAUUAAAAAAUGUAAUCCUGAAGAAAAUUUGGGAGGAUUUGGUGACACCUGUUGUUACAUUAGGUGAAUUUAAUAAUAUAAAUGACACAGUUCCUAUUUGAAAUGUACCAACAUACUAGCCAAAUGCCUGACGGCAGACGAGGUGAAAUUUAUCUUCACCUGCUUAGCCUCAAAAUAGAUGUGAUAUACAGUGCACAUAAAUGUAUUAAAAAGGAACGUAAAUACACAUAGACUGAUGUCAGUAUGUCACCAUGUUGUUAGGUACAUAAGCUGCCUCCGCAGUGCAAACUUCUGGCAGUUGUCCACAAGUGUUACAUCUGGGAUCUGUUAGUGAAUGCUUCAGCCCAGCCUCUUGGAGCCCCUCCCCUGCCACUUAUUGUGUGUGAUCUUUAGGCAGCUAGAGGUCUGUGGUACUUUAUUGGGAUCUUUUUUCUCUUUCUGUCUUUCCCCUUUGGUCUUUUGCUCUUUCUCUCUAACAUUGUUUUUGCAUUGCAUGUGUUAACUUGGUAGCAUUCAGUACUAUUUUAUCUCAACACUCUGUCCUAAUCACUACUACGGUCUUUCUCCCAAACUCAUUCCUCCCACGUCCUCUGCCCCUUCCAGUCCUUCCCUCCCUCCUCCCCUUCCUGACCCUGUCCAAGAGCGAUAUGCAGCGGGCAGCCUCAGAGCCACAGAAACCACACAUACAUUCCAGAAAUCUAAGAAACACAUGUAUACAGGCCACAAGAAGAUUUGUCUUGGUAAAAGGUUUAAUGUGUAAUUUUCUAUAUCCAAGAUGUAGUCACUAGUAGUUAUUUGCUAUACAGUGUCUGAGGUCCAUCAGGACUUCGAUUGCUUUAAGUUGAACAAAACAGAAAGCAGACAUUUUAGGGAUUCGUGUUAGUGAAUUAUGAAGUGUGUAGCAUUUUGAAUUAUAGCCAGACAUUAUUGACACAGCCUUUUGUCACUGUUGACUGUUUAGCUAUUUGGUGGAAAGAAGAACACAAGGAAAAGGUGACAAUCCUCACCCACAUUUUUUACAACAUUGCAAGCUCUCCAUUUAGCACCAGUCUUCAUCCAGUGAGCAGCGGGGGUGAUGGGUUCAAGGUCAUUGCUGAGGCCCUCCAAAUGUUCUUUUUAAAGUCAGCAAUGGAAUAUGAGUGGACAAAAACACUAACCAAACCAGGAAACAACCAAAACGGUUUACUUCAAACUCAAUGGGAAUGUGAGUGCUACAGUCUCUGUGUAGAGAUGUCAGAGACCUUUUUAAACUUUGGCCUUCAGUUUUUUUAACUACACGUUGAUGAGUUGGGCCCUCAGAAUUAUGGUAGGUAAGUAUGUGUUUUUAAAUUAUUAAACAUUGGUAUUAAUUGGACUCUGCUUCUCUGUCAUUUUCCUCAUCACUUAGUCAAUGAAAUCUUUAAUCCUCUCACAUUAAAUCUGACACAUCCACACUUCACCUCCAUUCACUGGGAAAUAGAAGCCUUCUGUUAUAGUCGUUUGGCUCUUGAUGCACUGAGACAUUUGUUUCCAUUUAGUCACACCUGCGGCAGCUGAGACUAGCCAGGAAUGUACAGAGCACCAAACACAAGGGAGCUGAGCAAGUUUAUGAGAAGCAGCAGACAGCAGGCCCUGUCCUCCACCAGCACUUGCCAAAAGUCAUUCCUUAGGGACAUGAAAAAGCAUGAGUAACUGCAGCAGCCCGUUUUCUUUUUUUGCAAGACAGAUCUCUAAAGGGUCUGUCUCAGUUUUCUUUUCAGAACAUGCAAAAUCUCAGAGCUGUUGUUGAGAGCAGUCAUCCAAAGAAUUGUACAUAAACUGUGUGGUUUGGUUUAAUUUAGGUCUACUCACUCAUGUUUAUCAAUAUGCAUGCAAUCUCAACCAGAGCAAUUUCUUUUACCCAGACAGGGACACACAAACACACCCAUACUUUACACAAAUGGCUUAAUAGCAAUAAGAUUCCUAAACACUCUGAGGUGUCUCGGUGGGGUCCCCUGCAUAUCACUUCCCUUACCCACAUCUUUUGCCAUGCACUGUGCCGAUGACGGCACAAUGCACACUUAAAAAACACCCCCUCUUGUAGAUCUCUUUUGUUUGGAUAACAUUUUCUAUUUUUCUUUCUCCUAUUAACAGCCAGUUGGUGGAUUUAUUGACAUGCCUACCUUUUCUGUUUGUAUACAGUAUUAUGUUUGUUUAAAAGCAGAGAGAGAUUUUUGCAUUUUAAAGAACUUAGAGAAGCUAGCAGAAUUGCAGUUGAAAGCGUUUGGCCGGUUUCUUACGUUGUGUCACGUGUGACUGUUUUUUUGACAGCCCAGUAUUUUAAAGCCAGGAUAACAUUGGACACCGGCUGCUUCAGAAACAUGGCUGGAAGUUGGGGCAAGGUCUUGGCAAAACCAUGCAGGGUAAGGUUUGUUGGACCCCCUCUGUAUGUCAGUAUGUGUGUGUGUGGGUGUGUUUUCUUUCUCCCACUCGGCAGUUGACCUCAAUGUAACACCCCUUUUACAGUGUACCGUAGGCUAAUGGCCUCUGUCAGCUUCCUCCUCUUUGCUUCAUAAUCACUAAACCUUUAUUUCAAUCUGCACAAAGAGUAAAAGUGCUUCGAUUUGAACAAAGAAAAAAAAUCCAUUUUAAAUCAAGGUAGAUUUAGGAAGCCAUGAUUCCAUCACAUCUUUUAGAAUCAUCAUCUCCACGUAUGUUAGAUUUAUUAUUAUUAUUUAAUUUUUUUUUUACCUCUUUGAGUUUCCGUUGCUGCUGUCGGGUAUCUGAUUGGCUGUAACCACGGCUCAGACUUUGAAUGGCUUGCAGAGUAGACAAGUUUUCCCCCCUCUGCUUGUUUGCCUGUUUCUACCUCCAAACCUGUGAAACUUGUGUGUAUGUGUGUGGUCAUUAUGUGGGACUGAGAUGUGUGUGUGUGUGUGUGUGUGUGUGUGUGUGUGUGUGUGUGUGUGUCUGUUACUGACCGGGCCAUAGAGUCAACUUACAGGGAAAAUCUCACCACACUUCUACACCCCGAAUGUCUCUGUCCCCAUGGUUACACGCUCCCGUCCUCCCCCUGUUUCUUUGCCCCUCCUGCACAGCAUGUUUGUCCCAGAGGUGCACUCUUGCCUGCCUCAAACCGUCACACUCACCUGGGGCUUUAAGCAGUGUUGGAGGUAAAACACGGAAGUACUCCUUUUACAUGAUAGAGUGGAAAGUAACACUUCAGACAGAUGCACAGUUCAUUUUUAAGUGGUAAGACUGCUACUACAUAGCAUUGCAGACCCAACUCUAAGCACUGCUCAAAGCCUAGCUGGCUCUUUCCUCAGGUACAUUUUUUGUGUGUCAUGUGUUGUUCCGGGGUCAAGCACAUCCCAAUACAAGCUUUUGCUGGCUGUAGGCUGGCGAGGAAAUGAAAGAAUCUCAGGGAGAUUUGCUAACUGGGCUGACAAGCGUCUGCGAGGCAAAAAGCUUAAAGGGGGAAAAUGGUGGUCGUCCCUAGAGGCAUCUAUCAUCUCUGCCUAGAUAUUUGACCACAUGUUAAAAAAUGGCUCAGUGAUUUCCAAAAAUAGAUGUUGUGAUUCAUGACUUUUGCUAGAAGAUAUGCUUCCUUUUUUCCUUUACCUGUCGGGAGUUAAUAUGCCAUCAAACCCAGCUGGUUUUUAAUCAUUCCCUCACCCAGUACAGCUCCUCCAAAAGCACUUAUCUGAAGGGAUUUCUAUUUUUCUGCUUGGUGAAGGUAAAAAGUGAAGUUUUUUACUGGGGUGUAUUUUGUAAGGGGUGGUAGUUUGGUACCUUAGGGGCAUAUUCUGGUUGAGAGAGCAAGAUGGCGCCAGGCUAGGGGCCUGGGGACUGGGACGAGUGGUUGGGAGAGAGUGGUGAGAGGAAAUCCCUGUAAGCACCUAGCCCUGAGUGAAGGGAUGAGGGGGGUGGGGAGGGGGGUGACACACUGAAGCCCCUCUGGUAAUAAACCCCCCUAAACCCCACAACCACACUCCCAACCCCACCCUCCCUUCUCUAUGUGCCUCAAUCUUCCUGCUUAACCAAUUGGUGUUUCUUUUUUACAGCGAUUUGAUCCUGCCCAUGUUGUGCUGAUGGUAAACUUAGUGGACGCACUGACCCUGUGCCCAUCAUCCUCAAAUAUGAUGUCAUGGGAAUGGGACGGAUGGAGAUGGAGCUGGACUAUGCAGAGGACGCCACAGAGAAGAGAAGAGUGCUCGAAGUGGAGAAAGAGGACACAGAAGAACUGCGGCAAAAAUACAAGGACCAGAUGGAAAAGGAGAAAGCCAUUGCCAAGGCUCUGGAAGACCUGAGAGCCAAUUUCUACUGUGAGCUAUGUGACAAGCAGUACACCAAACACCAGGAAUUUGACAACCACAUUAACUCGUAUGACCACGCUCACAAGCAGAGGCUGAAAGAGCUGAAGCAGCGAGAGUUUGCUCGUAACGUGUCAUCUCGCUCCAGAAAAGAUGGAAAGAAGCAAGAAAAGAUGCUGCGCCGAUUGCAUGAGCUGGCUGAGCAGAGGAAACAGCAGGACCGUACUCCAGGAAGCGGGCCCAUGUUCAAAACUACCACAGUGGCUGUGGAUGGAGAGAAGUCAGAAGAUGGCGACAUGACGCCUGAGAACACUGCUUUGACAGACUGUGUCCUGGAAGGAUCACUGGCAGAUAAAACCGGGGAAUCCUCCCCGAAGCCAGGCCCAACCAUCAGCUUCUCUCUGGGGAAGAACAGCUCCUCCUCGCCAACCCCCAGUGGCGGCUCCAAAGUCAGUGUGUCCUUCUCUUUUGCCAAGAAAGCCCCAGUAAAGCUGGAGACAGCAGCGGCAGUGUUUGCUGAUCAUGGAGAGGAAGCUAUGGAGGAAGAAGAUGGCCAGGAGGGAGAAAAGGCUGGAGGGCAGGAGGAGACAUCUGGCUGCGGUACAGACAGCCCUAAAGCAGGAUCAGGAGGAGGUGAAGGAGGAGACAGUGCUAGUGUGGUGGGGACGGAAGAGGUGCAGCAGCCUGAUGAUGGAGCCUCUCUAGCCUCCACUCUCAACAAACUGAAAAUGAUGAUGAAAAAAGAGGAAGGAUAUGCUGGACAAGAGCCUCAGUACUAUCACUAUAUACCUCCAGCUCACUGCCGGGUAAAGCCUCACUUCCAGUUUUUGCUGUUUAUGAAGGCCAGUGAUCAAUGUACGAGCAAAGACGAGGAAGACGAGGAAGAAGGGCAGGAAGAGAAGAAGGUUGAAGAUAGUUCUGAACAGAAGGAGCCCAAUGUUACAGAGUGCAAGACUGAAAAAGAACGAGUUGAUGACACUUUAUCUCCUGACCCGGAGCCAGCUCCUCCAUCGCCUAAAGUGAAGACGGAGGAUGCCUCUUCAUGCACAGCAGAUGCAGCUCCUGUGGUCCCCACUUCCCCUACACAAAAAGCAGAGUGCACACAGGAAACUCUGGACUCCAGCUCGGGUCCUAAAAUCCCCACAGGUCCCUUCUUCCCAGUUCUGAGCAAAGAUGAGAGCACGACCCUACAGUGGCCCUCUGAGCUCCUCGAAUUCACAAAAGCUCAGCCCUCCCUGUCUUACAGUUGUAAUCCCCUCUACUUUGACUUCAAGCUGUCCCGCAACAAAGGAGCACGUGGUGGGAAAGCAGCAAAGUCCCCUAAGCCUUGUGAAGAGUCUGAGGACAAAGGGCAAGAGACGGCUGCCUCGACAGCUGAAGUAGACAUAGCUACUAAACCUGGGACUAGCACUGACAAAGACAAGUCACUGGUGAAGGGAGAGCCUGGCCAACCAGAAGGUGACGAGCAAAAGCCUGCAGCUGGCAGCAGUGGUGCCAAGAAGAAAAAGAAAAAGAAGAAGCAUAAGAAAUCUGCAAAGCAUUCAAAACGCAAGGGAAAAGACAAGGGAGCAAAAGAAAAUGCAGAGGGCGAGACUGAGGUUAUGCAAGAGAAGCCCAAGAAAAAGAAAAAACACAAACGGAAGAAGAGCAAAAACAAAGCUCCAGAUCAAGAUGAGGCACCGGGUGAUGAAAAAGAAAAAGCUAAACCAAAGUCAGAAGAUAAAGCCAUUGCCUCCUCUGUUCAGCUGACAACUGGAGGGGGAGGAGCUACGGGAAACACAGGAGUAGAACUGGGAAAGAGGAAACGUGCCACGAAGGAAGUGCCUUGCAAGUCUGGAGCAGAGGAGGGAGGAGCCGGGAAAGGCACUGACAAGGUCAACUCCUCAGAGGAGCACAGUGGCACCAAGCGACAAAAGACUGAUUCCAGUGCACCUCAAAGUGCCUCCUGCUCCACCUCAGCCCAAAAGAGCCCAGGUCCUGGUCGACCUCCCAGCAGCGAGAGUGAAGAAGAGGGUGGCUCUAAUACACAGCGCUCUCGUCAUCACAGGUCAAGUCCUCGGGAACAACGCCGCCACCAUAGUGAGGAAUCAGGGCGGUCUUGCAGUCGUUCUUCAAGACGUGGGGAAAGACGAGGCAGCAGUCGUAGGCGCCAUCGUGGCCAAACCUCCCGUAGUCAUUCAUACUCCAGCAGCUCCGAGCGCUCCUCAGCCGGCAGCAGUGCCUACAGCCACCGUAGCCGCAGCUACUCAGACAGCUACAGCGACUACAGCACAGAGGGUCGCAGGCGGAGACACUCUAAACGUUCGUCAGACUCUGAGUAUGAGAGGAGGGGCAGCCGAGGGCGUAGACGAUCCAGGAGACAUCAGUACUCCUCUUCAUCCUCAGAAGACUCCCGGUCACGUUCACGCAGCUACAGCCGCAGGAAGAGGCACCGGCGGCACCAUCGGAGCAGCUCAAGAAGCUCCAGUAGCUGGAGCCGCAGCACCAGUGCGAGAUCCUGGAGGCGCAGCUACAGCAGAAGCCACAGCUCAGCCAGCCGCUCCUCCAGUUCCACCAAAGGCUCUCCUCGCAGACGAGGCCCCAGGGCUCGAGGGGACACUGACGCACACCGGAGAGACUUCAACCGCUCUUGCAUCUACCGCUCCCAGUCUCCACGUUCAUCUUCAUCACGAGGCCUUAAUCGCAACACCCAUUCAUCCAGCUCACAGUCACUGAGGCCAGGGGGGUCCCGAGAUGCCGGGGAACAGAAAAACACCCUCACUGCGCGCCAGCUGCUGGAGAAGGUUCAGUCUAAAAAAAGCUCUGAUGAUUCUGCCACAGGAACAAAAUCUGGGAUUAAGAUUAAGGACCCACCACAGGGAUACUUUGGUCCCAAACUUCCUCCAACCCUGGGAAACAAAGCCAUGUUGCCGCUUUUUGGUAAGCUGCAGGCAGGGAAGAAACCACUGAUCCCCCUAACCAGACCUGAUGAGGGUGAGAAGUCAGGAGCAGGGAAGUGCUCCGAGGCUGAGGCAGAGGUUAUUCUGGUUGAGCCUAUAAGGGAGUUCCCCCCUCCACCACCACCUCCAGCUCCUCCGGUUCAGAAGGUUGAGGAGGCCCCGCAGAUCACAGUGGUGCAAGAGGAGACACAGCACCCUACUACAGAAGCCCAGGUGCACCAAGAACCCCGGCCGUUGUUUGAACAGGAGCCUUCCAUGAUGAUGCCCCAGUACCAAGGGGAAUCAGGACAGGACCCUUCUCAGAUCUCCAUGAUGGAGUCCCUCAUGCCAGAAAUGCAGCAGCAGCAGCAGCAGCCUCCAAUGCAUGCCUACCCUGCUUACCCACCACCCAACCUGGAGGAGGAUGGCAUGGAGGCAGAGGAGGAUGGACUGGCUCCUUUAGAGAGUCAACCCAUUACGUUUACGCCAGAGGAGAUGGAGAAAUACAGCAAGCUGCAACAGGCUGCACAGCAGCACAUCCAGCAGCAGCUUUUGGCCAAGCAGGUAAAGACAUUUCCGUCUGCUGCUGCAGCUGCAGCAGCCGCUGCAGCAGCUGCCAACUUGGCCCCAGCUCCCCCUCCCCCAGCCCUGCAGCAGAUCCACAUCCAGCAGCCCACUGUGUCUGUAGCCUCCGGCACAUCGAUCACCACAGUGCAACACGCCAUCCUGCAGCACCACGCUGCCACUGCUGCAGCCAUGGGCAUCCAUCCAGCACAUGCCCACCACCCACACCCUGCACAUGCCCAGUUGGCCCAGGUACACCACAUUCCCCAGCACCACCUUACCCCCAUCUCCCUGUCUCCUUUGGGCCACUCCCUCGGUCAUUCUCUGGGACACUCACUUGGACAUGCUGGGCUGAUUCCUGCCCACCCAACAGCCUUCCUCUCUGGUCAGCCUAUACAUAUUAUACCAGCUUCUGCACUUCACCACACCCCUUUAGCUCUCCACCAUGUACCACAUACAGCCCUCUACCCCACACUUUUCACACCUCGGCCCUCACAAGCUGCUGCAGCAGCAGCUCUCCAACUUCAUCCACUGUUACACCCAAUUUUCUCAGGACAGGACCUCCAGCACCCACCUAACCAUGGCUCUUGAGUAACAAUACAAGUGAAGGAGUAAAGUCACAGCACCCAACCACUAGAAGAAAGACUUAACCUGACUUGGCUUGGUUUAGGGUUUUAAGAUGAAGUCUUGGCAGCAACAUGCAGGCAGUAAGACAGGAAGCUGUCAAUAAACCAUUUUACCGGUCAACACAGUGCAGAAGUUGUAGCCACAAAGUGGUGCUGCUUGUGUUUGGUUCAAAUUUGACACUAACAUUUUCUUCUGGUUCACAUGAGAUUUUUUUUGUUCAUGUUUUGCCCUGAACAGGGUGUAAAUUUAAAAAGACUUCAAGACACUGGUUUAUAUUCCAUCUUGACGUAUAUUAACACCACCCAUUUAUUUUUGAAGGAGAAGUCAGAGAAACCACUGGAGUUUUUUUUUUUUUCGUUUACCAUGUAGAAAUAUUAUUCUCACAGUUUUCUGCUCAUUUUGGCAGCCAAAGAGAGACGUAUUGGCUGGAGCUAUGAGCUGAUCAUGUUAAGAUGAGUAUGAGGUGAGCAAAUGGCUUCGACUCUGUAAUGUAACCUUCAGAGACAGACUACUUCAUAUUUACUGAUAUUGUUUAUGUUCUCAUAUGACUACUUGCUCUCUAUUGGAUUAUCAAAUAAUUUGUAAUGCAGUAACUUGUACAUAUAUAUCAGUGUGUAAUGUGAAGAAUCCCACCAAUGAUGACCAUAUGAAAUUACAGCUAUGGUGUCCAAAUCAGUAUGACAUAAGAUCCCCCUCUCUAAGCGAGGGGGAGAUGUGUUGUAAGGGUUGUAACAUCCCUGAUGCUCUGAGGCAAAGUUCAUGUUCCCUGUGGUGAGGGUGCACCUGAAAAAAAAUUGCACUGAAAAUCUGUACAUGGAGAUGGUGCGUUUGCAUCAUGUAACAAUAAGAUUGUAGUAUACUGCAAUAAUUGUAUUUUUCUGUUUUUAAAUUAUUUUCCAAAAUGCUCUUCAAAAGAAGGGUUGUGUUUUGCUUUUGUGUAAUUUUGUAAAUAAAACUGCUGUAGAUUAACCUAUUAACAUUUUAGAGGUUUGGUAUUGGAAAAAAAAACAGAACCAUGAGAUGGAUGGAAGCUGGUCACAUGUAUGUAUUUUAUCACGUUUGUUUAAUUAGCCCAGUUAAGAUGGGCUGGGAUGGUAAAGGAUAGUGGUUUGUCAAACAGUAGCAACUCUGUAUUUUUUAAAAACUUACUGUUUCAGCAAAUAAAAUCUUGAGUUCA